UUCUGUAACCAAUUUAUUGAAUUUUCCUAAGUUGUUUUGGUCGGUGAAGUAUGACGAGGAUAACGGGGUUUUUUUCCUCCGCGGGAUGGCCAGGGGAGGAGGGAUUGAAGAGAUUGAAGAUGUAGCAAUUGAGAUGAGAAUAAGUAGGUAGAGGGAGAGUGUGUGUGUGUGUAUGUGUGUGAUUUCUUUCCGCCUUUCCAAUAUUUCAAGCGAAUGUUCGGUUGAGUAAAGGGUGAGGGAAGUAACGUAAUACAACGAAGGAAAAAAACAAGCCUAAGAAACACACCUAGCCCGAUGCAUGCACACGUGCAGAUUCCAAGCCCAACUGAUCACCACAAAGCCACUCUGCAUCUAGCAUCGCGAUGCCGUGGUUCAUUCCCCAACUAUACCUGUUCAGCAGCGCCCCCUUCUGUGCUAGCUAUAUAUAUCCAUCGAGAGGCUACUCGUCCAUCUCACAUUUCAAUGCCCUCCAGUACAGUACGUACCGCGUGCGUGCUCGCCUGGAGCGAGAAAUCACAUACAUUAACCUCCCUAACGUAUAAUCUUCUCUCCUAAAAUAUCCUUGCUUUCCUCCCCCUUUGAUUCGUGAAUUCCUACUACUAGCCCUGCCCUCUCUUACCUAACCUACCUACCUAACCUACCCUGGGCUACAUAAACAUUGAAGCUAGGCUAAGCUUAACCCUUUAGGCGAGAGUAGUUAAAUCUGACUUCACUUGAUUGUUCUUAUAUAUAUAUUUCUUUCUUUCUCUUUAAAUGUAGACAGGCAUGUUUAACCUUUUGCACUGUGCUGUAAUACUACAGUAUUUUCUUACUAUCCACUUGUCUUUCUUUUCUUUUUAUUUCUUU